AAAGUUAUUGAAUUAUAGAAGCGUACAGGACACACUACGUGUGAAGUUGUCGUGGCAGACGACAUGCAAAAUUUCACUGGUCUUCUUGUGAUUAAAAGGGUGUGAUAUUUAUGAUAAACCUGAUCAGCUUGAAGAUUUAAUCACCCCUUUAUCUGCACAAUCUCCUACACCUACAAGCAGAAGAUGGAAUAUAGCUGUUUAUUCGUCGUGUGUGUUUUAUAUGCUUUUCUUACGUCGUCUGCUCUCGGGAAAAGAUACGUAGGAGGUGAUUACACGUUUGAACUGCCCGACAAGGAAAAGACGUGCUUCUCGGAAAUAUUCACAGACACUUCUAAGAUACUGUUUGAAUUUAAAGUGAUUCGAGGCGGAAACAACGAUGUGAAUGUCAGAGUGGUUUCUCCCACUGGGAAAAUAGUUUACAAACAAGAGAAAAUGUCUGGGGACAUUGUCACAAUGGAACCAACAUUGGGUGAAUGGAAAUAUUGUUUCAACAAUGAAUUUUCGUCCAUAUCUCAUAAGACAAUAUUCUUUAGUAUCCGUCCAUUCAAUGUGGACUCCCUUUCAAAGGAAGCUGGCGAAAAACAGGUCCCUACAGUCAAAGUCGCUGCUGAAAUGUCGAUGGACGAAAUUCAUGUCAUGAUGUCCCACGUCAAAGAAUUCCAAACAAGGUAUCGUCUGCGCGAAUCUAUAGGUCGCCAUAUUGCUGAACAACUUAACGGGCGCGUCAUGUGGUGGUCUUUAGCCCAAGCAGUUAUUGUAAUGCUAACAGGGUUUGGACAAGUUAUGAUCUUCAAGACAUUUUUCACUGAACGUAGGAAGUCAUCUAAACAAGGAGACGUCGAAAAAUGAACAGAACUGGACAACGGGGUGAAGGUCGUUAUUGAAACACCUGUGUUUAAACAGUGUAGAAUACCGGUAGCACUGUAGUUAGGCCCAUACCAUUUAGCUAUCACGUCAUGCCAUGUAAUAUGGUGCUUUCAUGAUGUAACUGGUUAACUGUUUGUAUGUUUGUAUGUGUAACGUUUGUGUAGAAUACCGGUAUUGUAGUUAAGCUCACCGGUAUCACUGUAGUUAAGCUCAUAUCAUUUAGCUUUCACCAACGUUUGUCAUAUGAUGUAAUGUGAUGCCAUCAUGGUGAAAUUGAUUAAUUCACAAGGUAAAUCAUUAACUGUUUGUUGUAUUGUAUGCUCAAAGUUUGUGUAGAAUAAACUGUAUGUGUGUAUGAUAUCAUGA